UUCCUCCAGGGGCUACUCAAAACACAGGGAGGGAUCCCAAUAAAUGAGGGAGAGCCUGGAACUCCAGGGGAACCCCAAAACCCUGGGGGAACCCUGAAACUCUGGGGGACCCCAAUGUUCAGGGGGGACUGCGAUGUUCUGGGGGGGAUUUUGGGAGUCCCUGGGGUCCUGGGAGGGAGCAGGGACACUCCAAGGUCUGGCUCAUCCCCCAGGGAUUGUGGAUCUCUGUCCCAGUUUGGAACGGGCCUUACUGGUGUUCCCAGGACACAAGUGCGGGAGCCUCCAGCUGGUGGACCUGGGCUCGGCCAAGCCGGGCACGUCCUCGGCACCGGUGACGAUCAACGCGCAUCAGAGCGAGGUCGGCUGUGCCGCCCUGAGCCCCACGGGGACCUUGGUGGCCUCGGCAUCGCGGAGGGGCACCCUGAUCCGCCUCUUCUGCACCCAGAGCCGCACCCGCCUGCUGGAGCUGCGCCGCGGCACCGACCCCGCCACGCUCUACUGCCUGGCAUUCAGCCCCGACUGCUCCUUCCUGUGUGCGGCGAGUGACAAAGGCACCGGCCACGUCUUCGCCCUGCGGGACACUCGGCUCAACCGGCGCUCAGCGCUGGCACGGGUGGGGAAGGUGGGCCCUGUGCUGGGCCCCUACGUGGAGUCCCAGUGGUCCCUGGCCAGCUUCACUGUCCCGGCCGAGGCCCCCGGGGUCUGCGCCUUCGGCAGGGGCGGCCGCAGCCCCAGCUCUGUCAUUGGUGAGUGCCCCAGAAACACCCCCGAAAUACCCUGAGGGACCCCAAAAUGCCCUUGAGGGAUCCCAGUACCCUCUGGGGUUUGUGUCUUCGGGAAAGAAGGGCGGGCAGCCCAAACUCUCAUCAGUGAAUCCUCCCAGAAACAUCACCAAAAUACACCCCUGGGACCCAAAUACUCCCUGGGAACCCCCAGUGUCUUACCAAGGACCCCAAAAUACACCUGAGGAACCCCAAACCCACCACAGAUACACUCAAAGUGCCCCCAGCACCCAGUCCCCACCAAGGUACCCUCAAACUCCCCACCCUGGGAUACCAGAUU